AUGAAUGUCCCAAUCAGCGGUCCUAUCCUCCAGGCAAAGGUCGAAGAUUUAGGACAGAAAAUGAAUCAUGUCGAAUUCAAAGCCAGUAAUGGCUGGCUGGAGAGAUUCAAAUCCCGACACGGUAUCACGUUCAAAUCCAUGUGCGGUGAAGCUGCUUCUGUCAGCGAUGUCAUGGUUGAUGACUGGGUAACGUUAACAUUACCCGGACUCAUCGAUGGCUACGCUCCCAGAGAUAUUUUUAAUGCCGAUGAAACUGGGUUAUUUUUCCGCCUGAUGCCCGAUAAGACAUUAUCAUUCAAGAAUGACGUAUGCUCUGGAGGAAGGACAAGUAAAGAAAGAUUGACUGUGAUGCUUUGCGCAAAUAUGGAUGGAUCUGAAAAACUCAAGCCACUGGUCAUCGGAAAAUCAAAAAACCCAAGAUGUUUCAAAAACAUGAAAUCCCCACCCGUCGAUUACAAGGCAAACAAAAAAGCAUGA